UUUUUAGGUAUAAAUUAAAAUCAUGCAAGCCGUCCAUCUGUAAGUACGCUUUACCAGAUAUACUACAAUGAGUUACGUUCACAAACCGAACGUCAAACCGCUGGAACAUAGGACUCCUUUUCAGUUACUUCGGGCACAUGCUGCAGCCCACCCAAAGAAGGAAGCUUUUGUAUUCCGUGACCUCACAAAAAACAGGAUUCCCAUCACAUUUCAAGAAUAUGAAAGGACAUCCCAGUGUCUUGCAUCAGGACUGCUGACGAUAGGAGUUAAGAGAGGGGACAGAGUGCUUCUAAUGUUGCCGUCUUGUCCUGAAUUCUUGUUUUUCCACUUGGCUUUGAAUAGAAUYGGUGCUGUAGCGAUUAUCGGCGAAGAAGACGGUAUUCCAUCCGUAAAAGCUAUCAACAAACUCACUUGUUUGAUAUCAAAGACUGACUACCACAGUACURUUGGUCAGCAGGUUCUGGAAGAAAUACAUUCCUUGCUUGAAGAGCAAGAGAAUGUGAAAGUUGUUUUAAUUGGAUGUAAGGGAGAGCUUCUUCAACACAAGCGUGUAAUGUCCUAUGAGGACUUGUCUAACAUAGCAAGCAACAGCCCUGAUAGCCCAAACAUUCUGCAGCAAGCUGAAGACCAUGUCUUAAUGGACGACCCAUUCAUGAUCAUGUACACUUCUGGAAGUASUGCCCUCCCCAAACCAAUAGAAUACACCAACCAUGGUUUUGUGAAUGGAUGCAUCAAGGACGGCUUAGCUAUGAAGUUAACUGCUGAUUCUAGGGAAUUUAUGGACUCCCCAUUUGACUGGAUGCCUUGCAUGGGGUUGGGCAUUGGUGUUGUGGUGACGAUCGGCUGUACACUGGUCGUUUUCCCUCCUAAAAUUGGCUUUAAAGGUGGCUCCACUUCGAAUAUCACCAAAGUCAUGGCCGAGGAGGAAUGUACUCAUUGUUUUGUCCUCCCUUACUUUCUUCACGACCUGGUUUCCAAUGGAGUUAAAGGUGUAGACCUCCGAAAGUUAAAGUACUUGUCCACAGGUGGACAGCCAUUGAACAUACCAAAAACCAAGAAGUUACUGGCCGUAUUACCUGAAGCAACAUCAGUCCUAAAUGUUUAUGGGUCAACAGAAACUUGUAUUUUGGCGACUCAAAUAGUUCAUAAGGACAAUAUUGAUUUUGUAGAGCCUGGUGUGUUGGAUAUUGCUCCUGGCUUUGAGAUAAAAAUCAUCAACCCACAAGGACAGCUUGCACCAUUUGGAAAACAAGGUGAAGUCUGUGCAAGAGCAGCUUGGGUAAGCUUCCCUAACCCCGACAUGUACAGGAUUUCCCUUCAAACACCGCUCAAACCACCUAUCAACAACUGGCAUCACUUAAAAGACUGCUGCUCAUUCAAUGGCCAAGGACAGCUCAAGUUGUUUGGAAGAAUGGAUUUCCUUAUUAAAUGUGCCACGGAAUCUAUCCAACCAACGGAAGUUGAAUUCGUUUUGUACAAACAUCCAGAUGUAGACAAAGUGUGCGUCUGUGGAGUUCCUGAUCAGCGGUUAUACCAAAAGAUAUGUGCAUGCAUAGUAAUGAAAGCGGGAAAACCAGGUGACGAAGCGUCGUUUAAAGAAUGGAGCAAAGAUAAUUUUCCUGAGAUGUCUCUGGGAUUGUCGCUUCGACCACAUUACUAUUUGUUCAUGGAGAGUUUUCCUUUGACGCGAACAGGAAAACUGUGCCGUAGGCAGACUCAAGAAUUGGCAAUAAAAAAACUGUCUCAACUUUAAACAUCAAUAUUCAGAACCAGUGAAUCAUUGUGAAGUGUACGGAAAUAUAGUCAAUUAUUUUGUUGUUCCUUUUUUCWCUUUAGAUUUUUUCGACUUUUAAACCCAUCUUUGUUGCAUUUAAGUUCAUCCACGUUUUUUCAAUAUGGUUACUUGUUCAGUUUGGCCAUUGUGUUUGUCACUGAAUAAACACUUUGUAACAAAUUCCAAUGUUUGCCUAUGAACCUGGAAUAAUGUAAUUUUCAACAUUUUUAUUUGUAUUUGCUAAUAUAUUACACCUUAUAGAC